AUGAAAAAUUUGGCUAGCUGUUUAAGUUUCAUCUUCUUUCUUGUUAUCUCAUGCUUUCUUCCUCAAAGUCAUAGUAAGAGGCAAGGCGAAGCACUUUACCAUCUUCAAAAGCUUAAGUUGCCUGAGAAUUCUAGUAUCAAUAUUAGCGAUUUUAAAUCAAUUAAACAUAUCACGGAGAAUGUUAAAGAUCCUAUGCAAUGUGGAUUAAAGGCAAGUGAUACAAUUUUCCAAUUGCCAGGGCAACCGUGUGUGAGUUUAACUCAAUAUGGCGGCCACGUUACAGUCAAUGUAACAACUGAGAGCGCGCUGUUUUAUUAUUUUGUUGAAGCAGAGCCUUCUGAAAAUUCUGCGCCUCUACUUUUGUGGCUCAAUGGAGGCCCCGGUUGUUCUUCUUUAGGCUAUGGAGCUAUGCAAGAGCUUGGACCAUUUCGAGUUCAAAGUAAUGGCGAACUUAGUUUAAAUGAAUUUGCUUGGAAUAAAGUGGCUAAUGUCUUGUUUUUGGAGACUCCGGUUGGAGUGGGGUUUUCAUAUUCUAACAAAUCAUCUGAGUUUGAGAUGGGUGGAGAUAGAAAAACAGUAGAAGAAAAUUACAAUUUUUUGACAAAUUGGUUUGAGAGGUUUCCUGAAUACAAGACUAGAGAUUUUUAUAUCUCUGGUGAGAGUUAUGCUGGUUAUUACGCGCCACAAUUAGCACAAAAAAUUAUCUACCAAAACAAGAUUAGAGAGGCCAAUAAAACCAUUAUUAACCUUAGAGGAAUCGUUAUUGGAAAUGCGGCAAUCAAUUAUGAAACUGACGAUAGAGGACUAUAUGAAAAUUUAGCAUCUCAUGGCAUCAUUUCUGAUGAAAUUAAUGAUGAAAUUCAAACACAAUGUGACUUCUCUCCAGAUGCGACCUCUCAGUCUUAUAGGUGCAAUGCUGCAGUGGUUGAAUCGUAUAAGGAUUCGGUUGACAUUGAUAUUUACAAUAUUUAUGGACCGUUAUGUUCCUCUUCCAAUAAUGGCACUACCAAACCCGGUAGCAAUACUGAUUGUGUGCAAUUUGAUCCAUGCAGCGAUAAUUAUGUGUAUGCAUAUCUAAAUAGGCGUGACGUUCAGGAAGCAUUCCAUGCUAAUAUUACCAAUAUAAAAAACAACUGGCAAAUUUGCAACUAUGUCAUCAUGGAAAAAUGGCCUGAUGGCGCAUCAACAAGUCUUCCCAUUAUAAAAGAGUUAAUAGAAAAUAAACUUCGAGUGUGGAUAUAUAGUGGCGAUGUAGAUGGAAGGGUACCAGUUAUUUCAACUAAAAAUUCUAUUAAAAAAAUGAAUCUAACAGUGGAGAAUGCAUGGCGCCCUUGGUAUUACAAUAAAGAAAUUGCUGGGUAUGUUGUAGAAUACAAAGGGCUAACAUUUGCCACAGUGAGAGAGGCCGGGCAUCAAGUACCUUCCUACCAACCUGGCAGAUCUCUUUCCCUAAUCACACACUUCCUUGAGGGCACACCCCUCUCCAAUAAUUCGAAAUGUCAACGCCUAGUGGAUUUGACCUCGGGGCACGAGCUCCUCAACUUCAUGGAUGCUUACUCAGGGUACAACCAAAUCCCCAUGAGUCGAGCUGACGAGGAAAAAACUUCUUUUGUCACCGAAAGGGGCAUGUAUUGUUACCGGGUGAUGCCCUUCGGUUUAAAAAAUGCAGGGGCCACAUAUCAGAGAGGUAUAGAAGCAAACCCGGAUAAAAUACAAGCGCUACUGGAAAUGGAAGCUCCAAGGACCAAAAAGGAGAUCCAAGUUCUAACUGGGAGGAUAGCCUCCCUCAGCAGAUCUCCUCCUCUUUUAACAAAAGCAAAGAAUGGGGAAGACCUCUAUCUAUAUAUAGCUUCCACGGAGAAUGCCGUCAGCUCGGUCCUGGUCCGGGAAGAAGGCAGGAAGCAUCAGCCCGUAUAUUACACAAGUAAGGUAUUAAAUGGUGCCGAGAAGAACUAUUGCACGGUGGAGAAAGCCGCCUUCUCCAUCAUCUGUGUAGCACGGAAGUUAAGGCCUUAUUUUCAAGCCCACAGGGUUGUCGUGUUAACAAACCUACCAAUGAGACAAAUUUUACAGCGGCUGGAGAGUUCGGGAAGGAUGACGAAGUGGUCAAUCGAAUUAAGUGAGUUCGACAUACAGUAUCAAACAAGGCCCGCAGUCAAGGCUCAGGUACUCGCUGAUUUUACAGCAGAAAGGCUCCCCGGGUCAUCCACUAAGUCGGAUGUAUGGACACUGCAUGUUGAUGGGUCCUCUAAUGCUGCUGGAGGGGGAGCUGGAUUCAUCCUUUUCGCCCCAGACAACAAUGAAACUCUCUUCGCACUAAAGCUGGAGUUCAUAGCAACCAACAACGAGGCGGAGUACGAAGCUUUGCUAGCAGGCCUGCGGCUGGCAGAAGCAUUAGGGGCCAGAGAAUACACAAAGGCAUUCGUUCACUUCGACAUAGAACACGUACCAAGGGCAGAAAACAAAAAGGCGGACGCACUCGCGAAAUUGGCCUCGGCAAAUAGUUCGGAAUGGAAAGACACUAUCUAUCUUGAACGCAUAGGGAAACCCUCAUAUGAGGGGUACAGAAUUAACUCAGUAGAGUCCAAAGUUAGCAAGGACGACUGGAGAGCGUCUCUAUUCCUAUACCUCCAGGGCGGAUCCUUAUCAGAAGACAAUAAGGAAGCCCUAAAGGUGAGGAGGAGAGCUGCAAGAUAUACGUUGAUGGGCCGGGAGCUCUACAGGCGAUCCCUAACCCUGCCCUACCUUCGAUGUCUAAGCAACGAAGAAGGGGAGUACAUACUACGGGAAAUCCACGAAGGAGUGUGUGGAAACCACCUUGCCAGUAGGGCCCUAGCCCACAAAGCCAUAUGGCAGGGGUUUUACUGGCCUACAAUGAAGAAAGACGUGGUUGAGCUCGUCAAGAAAUGCGACAGAUGUAGGUGGGCAGAGGAACUCCCUUCCCUUAUAUGGGCGUACCACACCACCAAGAGAGCAGCAAUAGGGGAAACCCCUUUCAUGCUUGUCUUUGGCGCAGAGGCAGUCAUCCCAGCAGAGGUUGGGAUACCCUCUUGGAGAAGGCAGUACUUCAACGAGCAUACCAACAAUGAGGAACUCAAAUUAGAAAUAGACCUGCUGGAAGAGAGACAGGAUCAGGCGAGUUUAAAAGUUACAGCAUACCAGCAGAGGGUAGCAAAGUACUACAACAAUCGCGUCAAAAUCUUCCACAGACUCAGGGCUCUCGUCGCCGUAACCAUAAGAGCUUACACCAUCAAGAGGAAGCUCCGGAUGUUUGGUCCUUACUUGAUCCCGGCACCUCCUGAAUCCCACUUGAUAAGCUUUGGAGGUAUCGAUAACGAACUGGUUGGAGUCUUUAUACUCCUUUACUGCAGUUCGGGAAGCAGUAGCAGCAGCAGCUUCUCUGGCAGAAUGAGAUCGCAUUUGGAAACAACUUUUGAAAAGAGGAAUUAUAGGCUGAUGGCCCAAGCGGAGCAGAAGCAUGGCAAAAUAGGUGAGCGAAAGAUAAGAGUGCGGGACGAGUUGAGAAGGUGCUAUGCGGACAGAAGCGUGCAACGAUGCCUCGGAAAGGUGAAACAACCGAAAGAUGAGCACGACUCAUCAGGCGGAUGGGCUGAAUUGACGAGCAUGACUCAUGAGGUCGGAAAAAUUCCUUCCAAGGGACAGGUCGUCCAAACUUCACUCCAGGGAAAAGGUUGGACAGCUCGGUCAAAUUCACUCCUUGCAACAGAAAACAAAAUAACACAAGCUCUCGUUUUCCACUUCGCCGCCCACGUGAGCCUGCGGAAAUACUCCUCGGAGGAGAUUCGACGAUGCGUUCCGCAACCGCCGGCGACGGGUCGCCGAGCACAAGGAGGAGGUACGAUGAGAGAAGAGCGAGCAGAAUCCAGGUCCGCGACCACGACAUCCUCUGCGUGGUCUUUGCACUCCUCGGCCUCUUCGAACUCGUACGCUGCUCGGCCGUCUGCAAAUCCUGUUAAUGCAAUGGACGAGAGCGCGCUUUUUUAUUAUUUUGUUGAAGCAGAGUAUUCUAAGAACUCUUCGCCUCUACUUUUGUGGCUCAAUGGAGGCCCCGGUUGUUCUUCCCUAGGCAAUGGAGCUAUGAUGGAGCUUGGACCAUUUCGAGUUCAAAGCAAUGGCAAUCUUAAAUUAAAUAAAUUUUCUUGGAAUAAAGCUGCUAAUGUCUUGUUUUUGGAGACUCCUGUUGGAGUGGGAUUUUCAUACUCCAACAAAUCAUUUGAGUUUGAGGUGAGUGGAGACAGAAAAGCAGCAGAAGAAAAUUACAAUUUUUUGAUAAAUUGGCUUGAGAGGUUUCCUGAAUACAAGGGUAGAGAUUUCUAUAUCUCUGGUGAGAGUUAUGCUGGUCAUUUCGUGCCACAAUUAGCACAAACAAUUAUCUACCAAAACAAGAUUAGAGAGGCCAAUAAAACUAUUAUUAACCUCAAAGGAAUCAUUAUGGGAAAUGCAGCAAUUGAUGAUGAAACUGACCAAAGAGGAUUAUUUGAAUUUUUAGCAACUCAUGCUAUCAUUUCUGAUGAAAACAAUGAUGAAAUCCAAACACAAUGUGACUUCUCUCCAAAUGAGACCUCUCCGUCUCGUAGGUGCAAGGCUGCACUGAUUGAAUUUUAUAAGAAUUUGGCUGACGUUGAUAUCUACAAUAUUUAUGCCCCGAUAUGUUCCUCUUCCCAUAAUGACACUACCAAACCUCGUACUAAUUAAUUUGUGACAUUAUGUUGUACAUAGGUGCAAUUUGACCCAUGCAGCGAAAAUUAUGUGUAUGCAUAUCUGAAUAGGCGUGACGUUCAGAAAGCAUUCCAUGCUAAUAUUACCAAUAUGAAAUACAACUGGCAAAGUUGCAACAGUGUCAUCAGAAAAAAUUGGACGGAUAGCCCAUCAACAAUUCUUCCCAUUAUAAAAGAGUUAAUAGAAAAUACACUUCCAGUGUGGAUAUAUAGCGGCGAUGUAGAUGGAAGGGUACCGGUUACUUCAACUAAAAAUGCUAUUAAAAAAAUGAAUCUGACUGUGGAGAAUGCAUGGAGCCCUUGGUAUUACAAUAAAGAAGUUGCUGGGUAUACGGUAAAAUACGUUGGGCUAACAUUUGUCACAGUGAGAGAGGCCGGACAUCUAGUGCCUUCCUACCAGCCUGGCAGAUCUCUUUCCCUAAUCACACACUUCCUUGAGGGCACGCCCCUCUCCAAUAGUUCGAAAUAUGACUAAUUUACUCAUAUUACUAAUCCUAUCUACUCUUAUCAUGUUAUAAGUUUUCAUGUACUUCGCAACUUCACAAUGAAUAAUAAUUAUCAAGUUUCUUUGAAUAACAAUUA